CGCAAUUUACCUCAUCCUUUCAACCUCCUUCAGCGCUUACAACCUCCAUCAACAAGAACACGUCCCAGUGAUAUACACGAAGGGAGAUCAUCUCAACCCUAAUUUAUCGACCUGAGCAGUUACCAUGCGCGCCUUCAUUGUCAAAAAGCUAAAGGAGCGCAAAAUGGCAACAACAGCAACUGCGCCAUGCUCCACAUCGGCGGCAUCAUGCACAGCACCACGACCAGAUUUACCCAGAAGCUCAGCGCAUACACAGAGACAGUGUGCCGUUUUCAACACCCUGUCGGCGGAGUUGCGACUCCUCAUCUAUCACGCUGCACUCGCGGAUUCUCGUCGCUUGUUGCACUUUUUACACGUCACCCCCUACAAGGGUGAGCCCCGGCCGAUGGGUCACUGGCGUUGUGAGGAUAGAGAUAGCCCGUAUCCUAUUUGGCAGCAUCGAUGCUUUGGGUGCUGGGCUGAGGAUAACACACGCUGGCAUCGCAAAGCAUCACAUACGAACAGCGAUCUCAUAUCCUUACUUCUGACAUGUCGCUUAAUAUACUCAGAGGCCGUGGAGGUAUUGUACGCCGAGAACCACUUCAGCUUUAGAGGUGCUAGAGGGGUGGUCAAGUUUCAGAACCUCAUUGCACCACCCAGUUGGCACGCUCUACGAUACGUACACAUAUCGACUACAUUUCUCACGCCAAUGAAACAUUGGAAGAGAGGUAGCCUUCCACCCGAAAACUACGACCAUUGGGAAAGUGGCUGCCAUGCUCUGAGUGGCCUCCGCAGGCUUCAGCUUCUUUCAAUAGACAUGAUCGUUUGGGAUCAGCUUAAUCACGAAAACACCGAUGCUAUUGAACAUCAAUCGCUGAUUUACAUUUUCGGUGCCCUAAAGGCUAUUCGAGCUCGGACAUUUCAGAUCGAACUCAAUAUCAAGCUUCCUGAUCAGGUGAAAAACUCCCUUGGGCCUGUACCAUUCGAAAUUCUAUACCACGAGAGACCUUAUGAUAGAGAAACAUUUCCGCUAUAGUAGACAUCCUCCAUGUAUCAAGAAUAUGCUUUCCGGGUCUUCCGACGCCCUUUGGGCCCCAUCGUCAUACCCCUGGCUAUCUUCAGAGUUUCAUCUCUCCAUACAUUUUA